AUGUUCAUCGACUGGGUUCCAUUGGGCGGCCUCUGUCCGAGAGAUUGGCUCUGCACCUGGGCAAACUGGACCGAUAACGGAUUCAACAAAAACCUUAGUAACCUAGUCUACGGACCCAACGACGGCUUCGAUGGCUGCUCCGAGACUGUGACUUUGGAAGUUGGCACUCUGGUGGACCGAUUUGGCGGGGAAAAUGGCAGUUUUCUCGCGCCGGCCAACGCUUCGUACGGGUCACGGUCCAUCGGGCCAAGCAGUCUGGUCAAGAAAUACGAUGAUAGUCCCAUGUACAACUACUGGUUGGUCAAUGUGACAAAGCCCUUUGAGGCGCAGGCUGGAUAUACUUUACCUUGGGAUGGUCAGCCUGGAAAUGGCUGGGCGUGGUAUGUGAAAGGGACUAUCGCUCCGUUGCUGGAGGGCGGGUACAUUGAGCGGAUCGACCCGCCGAGUUUGGGGAUAAUUGAUGAGGCUUGGGAAGUUUCUGAGCCGCUAAAUGGGGAUAUAGGUCUUCAAGAUUAAUGGGUGGUACUAGCUGAGAAGGUGGUGUGGACGACGACACCGGGAAAGGGGAAAUUGGUUUGUACUUCAUGGGCCUGUCCCUUUGGAGGUUGGAUUUUGUAGGGGUUGAAGGGCUGAGGUGUAUGCUGUUACACGUGAAGUCAACGUCUAUAUAGUCAUAUAGUAGCUGUUGUAUAGUAGUUUCAGGAAUAUCACCCAGAUAGUAUGUUGGAACACAUAUCCCUCCGUAGUCUGGUUGGCUGGAUGCGAUAUAUCGAUUUCGGCCAUCCGAUUAGUGCUUCGACAUAACAUAAUGAUUGCAAUUAGAUAUAAGUAAGAAGCUCAAUUAUCAAGUCUUCGGUGAACUGCUAUAUAUGAGAGAGAGGCAGAAAGAGAGAAA